AGUCUUCUUCGUUCACUACGUUCUGCCCAUCACCAACAUCUGCAUCGAGAGUCCUGACAUCUCCUGUGCCCGAUCAUCAAAGUCGUCCACCAAUUUCUCCAACCUUCAACAUGCCUGAGAAGCAGACCCGUCUUACCCUCGCCAUGGAGUCUGGCAUCCCCUUCGUCCUCAAGGCCGGCAAGGCCAGGUACACAUGCCGCCUGCAGGACCGCUCCUCGUACCAGCGCGCCAAGGCCCAGAGGGCGUCUUCUUCUGAUUCCAUCAACACCGAGUCGACCGAUGGCAACUCGACCUCUUCUCACUGAACAUCGUCUGCCGGGGUUUUCAUUAUUAUUGCAGCAUGGCGUUAUGAUGGCGUAGCAACAGAUAUCAGGUUGGGUUGAACGGCAAGAGGCAUGCCGGGGGGCGUCAAGGUCGCCCCGAAUCGAUUAUGAACCAUCAAUUCACACGACGGCUGAACGUGGAAAUAUUUGGAAGUCUAUCAACAGACUGUUUAGCAAGCAUCUAGAACAGAGUAUUCUGGAAUUCUAGUCAC